AUACAAGAUGUACAAUGCAAGAAAUUAUGAUGAUUAUGAAGAAAGAAACAGGCAAAUUGUGUUGGAAGGUACAGCAGUACUGGAGCGCACUGGCGACAGUUUGGCUAGAUCACAGCAGAUAGCUAUAGAAACGGAAGGACUUGGAAAUGAAGUAAUAUCUGAAUUGGGAGAACAGAGAGAAGCACUAUUGAGAACUAGAGAUAGAUUGGAAAAUGCCAAUGAGCAACUGAGUACUACCAAAUCUGUGUUGAACAGAAUGAGUAGAAAUGUUGUAUACAAUAAGUUGAUAUUAAUAUUGAUCAUUGUUAUUGAAGUUCUUAUUUUAGCUGCACUUUCAUAUUUGAAAUUCUUCAACAAGAAAUAAUACUUAUAUUCUAUUUAUCAAUGUCAAUGAAAUUAAAAGGUAU